GUGGGCUCCAGCUCUCUCAGGGUCUCAACCUUGCUGACGAGCUUUCCUGGCAAAGCAAAGAGGUUGGCCAGGCAGCCUUGUGCACACCACCCCUGCUUUGAGACCGCACUGUGGGGUAAAAGAUUAUUUCCACUUGGUUGCCUUCCAGACUUAUCACGCUUGGACAGCCCCUUGAUUUCAAAACACCCCUUUUCAAAGAUCUCUAAGAGAGACGUUGCACCCACCCUCUGCAGCCAGAGCAGGCCGGGCCUGGGCGGUGAGGGUGCUGACCCGUCAUGCCCACCGUGGACGACGUCCUGAAGCAGGUUGGGGAGUUCGGCUGGUUCCAGAAGCAAGCCUUCCUGACCCUAUGUCUGCUCUCGGCUGCCUUCGCGCCCAUCUACGUGGGCAUCGUCUUCCUGGGCUUCACCCCUGACCACCACUGCCGCAGCCCCGGGGUGGCCGAGCUGAGCCGGCGCUGCGGCUGGAGCCGGGUGGAGGAGCUGAACUACACGGUGCCAGGCCCGGGGCCCGCGGGCGAGGCCUUUCCGCGCCAGUGCAGGCGCUACCAGGUGGACUGGAACCAGAGCGCCCUGCGCUGCGCGGACCCCCUGGCCGACCUGGCCGCCAACAGGAGCCACCUGCCGCUGGGCCCCUGCGAGCACGGCUGGGUGUACGACACGCCCGGCUCCUCCAUCGUCACCGAGUUUGACCUGGUGUGUGCCGAUGCCUGGAAGCUGGACCUCUUUCAGUCCUGCGUGAACAUGGGCUUCUUCCUGGGCUCUCUGACCGUCGGCUACAUCGCAGACAGGUUUGGCCGCAAGCUGUGUCUCCUGGCUACCGUGUUGGUGAACGCCAUCGCGGGCGUGCUCAUGGGCCUGGUGCCCGACUACGUGUCCGUGCUGCUCUUCCGCCUGCUGCAGGGGCUGGUCAGCAAGGGCAGCUGGAUGGCCGGCUACACGCUGAUCACAGAGGUCGUCGGCUCGGACUACAGAAGAACGGUGGCGAUCCUGUACCAGGUGGCCUUCACGGUGGGGCUGGUGCUGCUCACCGGGCUGGCCUACGUCCUCCCCCACUGGCGCUGGCUGCAGCUGGCCGUCUCCCUGCCCACCUUCCUCUUCCUGCUCUACUACUGGUGCGUGCCGGAGUCCCCUCGCUGGCUGUUGUUGCAAAAGAGAAACGCUCAGGCCGUGAAGAUAAUGAACCACAUCGCCCGAAAGAACGGGAAGUUGCCGCCUGAAGACGUGAGGAUGCUCUCCCUCGAAGAGGAUGUCCCGGGACAGCUGAGCCCUUCCUUCGCAGACCUGUUCCGCACGCCGAGCCUGAGGAGGCGCACCUUCAUCCUCAUGUACCUCUGGUUCAGCAGCUCUGUGUUCUACCAGGGCCUCAUCAUGCACAUGGGUGCCACCGGCGGGAACCUCCAUCUGGAUUUCCUUUACUCUGCUCUGGUUGAGUUCCCUGCGGCCUUCAUCAUCUUCGUCACCAUUGAUCGCUUCGGCCGCCGCUACCCCUUGGCCGUGUCAAAUCUGGUGGUAGGGGCAGCUUGCUUCAGCAUGGUUUUUAUCUCACAUGACCUGCACUGGUUGAAAAUCACGGUGGCUUGUGUUGGCCGAAUGGGAGUCACCAUUGUGCUCCAAAUGCUCUGCCUAGUGAAUGCCGAGCUGUACCCCACGUUCAUCAGAAACCUUGGAAUGAUGGUGUGUUCCUCCCUGUGUGAUGUCGGUGGGAUCAUCACUCCCUUCGUGGUCUUCAGGCUGAUGGAGAUGUGGCAAGACUUGCCCCUUGCUGUGUUUGCGGCGUUGGGCCUGGCUGCCGGGGGAAUGACGCUGCUUCUUCCGGAGACCAAGGGGGUCGCUUUGCCAGAGACCAUCGAGGAUGCUGAGAAACUGCAGAGGAAAGCAAAACCCAAAGAAAAGACGACUUACUUUGAGAUCCAAACAUCAGAAGGCCCAGGCAACUGAGAGAGACGCUUUACUGGGGAUGGAAUGUACGAGGGACGGAGAUAGAGUUACCCUCUGCGGAGAUCCUUGGAAGCCCUCACCUCUCUGUGUCCAUCCUCAUACCUGCCUGCCCCACAUCAGGCCAAGUCCUAAGGAAUUGUUUGCAUGGGCUUUGUCUCUUACUUUUUUUCUUACUUUCAAGUCCCCCGAAGCCCUGGUGACCUUUCAUCUGUUCACUCAUGCUAGUGAGAAUGAUUGGUACUCUUGGGACCAGGUACAAAAUUAUCUGAAGUAUUUUGAAGAUCACUACUGCUUUUCUAGAAUAAGUAUUGUUUUAUUUACUCUCUGAAACAAAAUGCCUUUGCAUUUGAAGGUAUCUGUGUUGGCAAAAGCAUAUCAACAUGUAGAUUGUUUGGGGAGUAGCUGGCCCUCCAUACCCAUGGGUUCCACAUUUGUGGAUUCAACCAACCACCGAUCAAAAAUGUUCAGAAUAAAAGGACGGUUGUG